ACUUUCAAAAACAAGAGUGAAGAUAGAGAAGAAUUGAGCAUAUCAACAGUAGUGACAAACGAGCAAGCAAUUAACUCUGAUCAAAAUAGGAAGAUUGAAAUGCCUUACUCAGAGGAUUUGAAGUUAUCUUCUAUAUCAAGUGCCUGCCAGGUUCUAACUCGGGCGCCAUCCAUCGUUACAGCAACUUUAGGCCAUCUGUUACAUACUUCGGCAAAAGAUGAUUUCAGUUUAAAGGAACAUUGCCCAAAUGCAAAGCUCAAAUAUAUCAGGCAUCCAGAUUCGUUCCGUGCGUGCAUAGUUCAGAUUUCCAAUGACGUCUGCGAGGCGUUUGAAGCAGCACACAGGAGCAUGAAUCUUAUUUCCGUGAAAUCUGAACACAUUGUUACGGACGUGAAAAGAGCAUUGGAAUUUACAGAGAGUGGCACUCGUCAUGAAUGGAAACUCGCCCUGCAUUAUCUUCGCAAUGCUCAAACGAUUUGCCAGGAUUGUGUGAAGAUAGCCGCCCCCAUAACGGAAGAAUUUGAAAAAGUCGACAAAACGGUAAGGGAGCUUGACGAAAUCCUUGCUGGAUCGGAGGGGAAAAUCUACCAAGAAGUAGAGUCAACAAGAAAAGAAAUUGAUGAAACUAAUAAAAAGACAGAACAGAUGAUGGAGAGUGAAAAGGAACAAGUCGAAAUGUGUGAUGGAGCAAAAAAAGAAUACGAAGAUGCAGCCGCAGCUUGUCCAUCACCUUGGAUAGAUACUUUAGUUACAUUACUUGAUAGUUUCACACACCUCGCUAUCAAUACCACAUUAGAAUCAGUGAAGCAAACAACGAUGCUACCGCCCGAGGUUUUAACGUCCACUUUGGGAUUGGGAACUGGUGGAGGGCCUUUUACAAAAGCGUUUAAGGAUAAGCCUGAAGAAAAAGAGAAAAAAAAGAAAGAAGAGUAUGAAGAAUUAAAAAAAGCUAAACAAACGCUUCAAGAGUUAAAGGAAAUCGCCUCUAAAGACCUUGAGAAAUCUAAUCAAAAGAUCAGCAACUUGAAUAAAAAUAAAGACGCUCUGGAAACGAGUAUCACGGAGUUUUCUAAGGUUAAAGAAUUUUGGAGCCAAUUGAAGAUUAUGUUUCAAACGUUUCAUGACUUAAUUAACGUUCAUCUUGAACAAAAUAUGAGCAAGGUCAUACGCGACGGAGAAAAAGUUAAAGCAACGAACGAAGAGCUUAAUGAUUGCCAGAAAAUGUCAUAUAAUACGCGCAAGCCGAUCAUUGAAGAUUCCAAACAAGCCAUGAAAGUUGCUUGUGUGGUAAAAUGGAUCUCAGGAUUCUUCGUUGAGGUUUCAAAAAAGUAUUUACUGGUUGAAAUAUACGGUUUGCAGAGUAUCACUCGUUUGAAAUCAAGUAGCGACCAUGCAAGGAUGGAGGAGUUAGGGAGAAAAUUGAAGGAAGAUGCAAAGGAAGCCGAGAGGAGAAUUCCAAUAAUUGCUGAAGAAAGAGAAAAAGAAUUGAGAAAUGAGUUAUCUCAUCAUCGUUUGUAGCUAAGCAUAGUUCAGAUCACAUAUGUGACGAUUCAGUUUAAAAAGGUGAAUCAGUGCACAAAAAGUCAACCUAUUACUGCAACUAAAAUAUAUUAUACGUAUUUAAUAAUUACACGUAAUUAUAACACGUAUAUAUAAAACUCGAAUUAGGCACAAUGUCAUCGUAAUGUAGUUUAAUCAAAGAUUGUUUUGUAUUACUUUAUUCCAGCGACAUUUCCACAUUUGAAAUCAGCAAUCUUUACAUAAAUGCAUGGAAACGUUUGGUAUUUUUUCGCACCAUUAAGAACUUGUAUAUGUAGCCAUAUGUUGUGACGUUUUUCAUAAUAAUAAUUCAUAUACCAUUCUACUCUUGUCUAUACUUGAAUUUGUUAUCAAUGCACUGUGUUAGUUUUAAGACAGAGUCACAUUAACCUCUGCAUGAUAACAAAGGUAAUGGGAUUUUGCCGCCAGAUAAGACAGUUAGGAUUUACAUAUACAUUCACGUUUACAUACAUUUACGAAACAAAUUAGCUUAAGUAUCUAAAAGACCACUUCAUCAUAACAUUUCAGAUCGAAAAAUUUCCAAUUCCCAAUUCUUCUUCAAUUCCCAAUUUGUGCUGGACUUCAAGGGAUACAUUAUUCUUGCCUAAACUAUAUAUACAAAUCACAAGCAGGAACGCUUUUUAUUAUAACCUAAGAAAUAGAGUAUCGUUCCUCCUGUUUUCAGAAAUCUAAGUACUGUUAAGUUCAUUUACCACGCAAAAGGUUUUGAUGGCAAAUAUCCCGAACUGAACCUCAUAAUAGUCAUAAAAUAAAAUAUGUAGUUAAUCAAAUUCUGUAUAAUCAAACUUCACCUUGAAUAUUGUGUAGUGUUGUGGUAUAUGCAUAUAUUGCAAGAUAUUUUUUCCGUGGCAGCCAGGCCCGUGCAUAAAAGCUCAGCACAAUAAUUAUGGCGUCGCUCAAACUAAAUGAGAUCUUUAAUAUAUAAAAUACUGUCCAUUAUUAUAAUUCAUCUUAGGGCAGAUGAAUUCCGAAAUCAGAAUAUCUUACGAAAAGUAUUAGUUUCAAAGAACUUAAAAUAUAGGACUCAUUGUCACUAUAGAGAUAGUAA